UGCGUAAAAAUGAUAAGCAUUAAGCUCUUCAUUCCUCAAUUGUAGUCCGCAAAAAAAAAAAAUGGGAACAGCAACUUGCAUUGAUAUUAUCAUAGCUAUCCUCCUCCCUCCUCUUGGGGUUUUCCUCAAGUUCGGUUGCAAGGUGGAGUUCUGGCUGUGUUUGGUCCUGACGCUACUUGGAUACCUGCCAGGAAUUAUAUACGCCAUUUACGCUAUCACAAAAUAAUCCAAGAAAGAUGUGAAAUCAUGAACAGGACGAGUUCUGUUUUUGUGAUCGUUGGAUACCUUCUAAGAUUUCUACAUGUUGUUUGUGUGUUCCUCAAUCUCCUGUUUGGAUUGUUUUGCGUCUCUGCCUCCGAGAACUGGUUUUGUGAAAUUUGUUUGUUUGGUGGAUAAAUAUAAUGAAAGGUCGAGGCGAUAUUUUGUGUUGGUGUGGGCCUUCUAAGUAAUUUGAUCGUGGGCUUCAGGAU